AUUUAAGUCCUCAACCCUAUUUCAUUUCGUCGUCUUCGGCUGAUUCUUAACUUCUUGUAACGCAGUUCCAGUUGGAAGACCUCACAUGGCUGCUAUCGCUGACUUGUCAGAUGCCCCGAACCAGUGGGAAUUCAGCUGGUCAUUUUCUCACUUUUUUCCCCCUUUUGUGCUCUCAAAAUUCUAUGGUGAUUUGGAGGUAGAUUUUGAGUCUGAAGAGAAUGCUUCAAUAGUCUAUGCUGCAUUGGGUGUUGAUAAAGAGUUGCAACCAGAUAAAGUGAAGAGGCAAAUGUCGAUCUCUGAUGGGAAACUUUCUGUGCACUUUGAAGCAGUUGAAGCUAGGUUUCUCCGUGCAUCAUUUUCAGCUUUCGUUGAUGUACUCACACUUGCCUCGAAAACCAUCGAAGAACUUGGCCCAGGAAUGGUAUUGUGAUCUUUGAUUAUUGCAAUUUUACAAUAAAUGCUGUGGGAUUCUGGCAUUAAUGCAUUCUUUUUCGUUAUUCUGUUCUUCAUCUUUUGUAUUCUUAAUGAUACACAUGUAAUUUAAAUUAGGAUGUAAGCUUAGCUUCUAGCUCACCGUUAUCUUCCAGGUUUUUUUCUUUAUGUAUGUUGAUCAGGUUUAAACAUGUGGAACUAUCACUAAGUUAUGCCGAAUUCUUCUCCUUUUACGACUCUUCA